AUGGUGGAAAUCGCUGAGAUGCCAUCCAUAAUCGUUGACGAACCGUCCACAUGUCCACAAUGCCCGAAAACCUUCGCCAAUGUCCGGCUAUUGCAACAACAUCAACAAAUGUUCCAUUCGGACAAGUCGUUCAUUUGUGAAAUAUGUGGCAAAGCGUUUCGGUUUCGAUCGAACCUGGCUGAACAUCGGUCUGUACAUACAGCAUUGAAACCCUAUGUUUGUAAGUAUUGUGGGAAAAGCAGUCGACUGAAAGGUAAUCUCACAAAACACAUUUUGAAACAUCAUAAAAAAGAGCAGAAUGAACAAAUUGGGAAGGACGAUAUCAUCAUUAAAAAGGGUAAAAAAUCGGUUAAGGACCCGGCGGCUGUCGACUUCCUCGAGAAAUCUAUGAUCGUAAUGGCUCAAAACACCACGGCUGAAGGUACCACUCCAUGUUUACUACCGAAGGAGGAGACCAACGAUCAGGAAAGGUCUAUAUUGAUAUCAUUGGGCCUUGACUACAGUCAUUCGUUGGACCUUCGAGACAGCCCUGAAGCGAGCGCUAGCCCCGAAAACGGCACGUACAGUUCUGUGAAACCGGAAUACAUCGAAGACCAGCCGUACGGUAGCCCGCUUCCUGCGAAUACGGUUGGUGGCGAGACAUCGUUGGCUGCUCUCAUCGCUUCAGUGGGCACGCCUCCUCAUGCUACAAACAACAAAACUCAAUGCUCUGAAUGUGGCAAACAUUUCCGCAAAAGCUCCUCGUUACAUGUGCAUAUGACACUGAAUCACGGUUUCCCACCACCUGAAUCGACCGGUUCAUCGGAAGAGAAGACAAGUGAAUGUGAAGCGACUGCUGACGAAGGCUGCCUACGAACCGAAUUACGAGCGAUGCGAAGUCUCGUUUGUGAUUUGAAAGCCCAGAUCGCCGACAUGCGUCAAUCGCAAUCAGCACCUCGAACUGAGCAGGUAACUAUUAUAUGUUACUUCAUGGACAGUCACCAAUGCUGUGCAUGA